AUGGAGAAAUCAAGUACAGGUGAUUUUCUUAGACAUACUAGAGUUACUUUUAAUAAUUGGAUUCCUUCGAAGCAGGGUUUGGUCAAAUUAAAUAUAGAUAGUGCUAUUUCGAAUAACACUAAUGACGCGUCAAUAGGAGGAGUUUUCAGAGACUUGUCUGCAAACCGGUUACAUUGCUUCACAAUGAAAAUUGGGAAGGAGAGAAUUUUUAAAGUUGAAGCUAGAGCUAUUUUAAAAGGACUCCAAAUUGCAUGGGAAGUUGGCUAUAGACAUUUGGAACUAGAAUGUGAUAAUGCGAUGGUAGUUGAAGUGAUUUUGGUUGGAGAGGUUGCUGUUAAUAAGAUGACAGAGUUUGAAGGACGCCACUGCUCACCGUAUAAUCUUAAGUCCCCUCCAACUACAACCCCCCCACUCGCAGUUUCAGAGAGCGAAAGAGAGAUUGUUUAUCGCAGGUUUCUUUGCAUAAAAGAUGCCGUAGCUUGCAUUAACGACAAAGUUGAUUUGAUCGCCGUCAUUCUUAGCAUCAGUUUGCCCCAAACAACCAGAGGCACCGAUUAUGUAUGUAAGCUAAAAAUAAUUGAUGAGUCACACCCCGAGAUUCCUGUUCAUGUAUUUGCUCAAGAAAUAGACCAUCUUCCUUUUGUUGCGGCUGUUGGUGAUAUUAUUUACCUUUCACGUGUCGUGAUGAGAAUCUAUGAAGGAGAUGUAUAUGCUAUAUUCAACAAAAGGUUCUCUUCAUUUGCUUUAUAUGACGGGAAAGAUGUUGAAAAUUUCCAACCUUAUCAAGUUCUUUUGAGAUAUGAAGCGAGAAAACAUGAUGCAAUGAUAAUAGCAGAGCCGAACUUCUCGUUAUUGAAGGAGAUCAACGAAGUGGGUCUGGUAAAUUUAGUAUGCAAGGUACUACAUAUAUGCAAAACUACUGAUGAUAAGUGGAUGGCCUUUAUUUGGGACGGAACUGAUGCGCCACCUAUAAGUAUUUAUAAAAAGCCAGAAGAUGAAGAGCAUAAUCCACUCCCUCUACAUUUCAAACCGUUGCCUUCAUCAGGAGAUGUGCUACAUACAUUUCCUACCGUUGGAACUAUAUUAAGGCUGAUCUUUGAUGUUGAGUGCAUGCCAUAUAUCCUUCAGUUGCUGAAAGUUCGUCAAUGGUUCAAACUUUUUUGUGUGGAAUGCAAAGUGCAUGAAGGAUUAUGGUAUGGUGUGUUCACAUCAUAUUCGAAGAUCCAAGAUAUACCAAAUGUUGAUAUUCUCAUUCUUGAGCGCCAGAGCAAUUAUGACUGCCGGUCAUCAGGUAAUCUAGAUCGGAUGCCAUCCUGGAGCUUUCCGUGGCCGUCAAAAAUCACAGAGGUUAACUGCAAUGCGCCAUUUGCUACAUUGAUGGAUGUUCUCACUUGUCAAAAGGUAAGAAAGAAAUUCAGGUGUGUAAUACGAUUCGUUGCUGUAAUUCCAUGGCGAGUAGAGGAUUUCCGCUCUCCUGAUGGAGUUUAUAGGGUUAAGUUCACCCUAGAGGAUCCAACUGCCCGAAUCCAUGCUUAUUCUUAUGCUGAAGAUGGGGAGAAAUUUUUCAAUGGAUUAUCCACUGGUGGACUGAAAAGGAAGCUAAAUGAGUUGCUUGGAGUACCUAAUAGUGAUGAUGAUGGACAGGAGGAAAUUGAGGGUGGUGCUAGAAAUCCACCAUGGGUACAAUGUUGCUUGAAAUCUCAUUCCAUUAAACGGCGCCGUUGGAUAUUUGAUACCAAGCUUGUUGGUUAACAAGUUUGACUGUACUUGCUUGGUAUGUAGGUAGGUUAGGUUAAGCUUAGGACUAACAAGGAAUUAAUUUAAGAUUGAUUAGGCCUUUGAUUGUGCACUUGCUAGCUAUGUGUAUAUUUCGUAAGACAUUAGGGACUACAUUAUGUGUAUAUAUGUAAAUCUGAUAUCCCUUUGCCUUAAUAAAA